AUGGACACGUUACCAGUUCACUACUACAACUCGAAAAGCGCAUGGUUCACUUCAGACAUUACAUUAGAUUGGUUUCACAAAAAAGCAGUGCCAGAAAUUAGAAGAUAUCAAACAGAAAUUUUGAAAAUUCCUAACGAUAAAGUGAAGGCCUUAGUUCUACUGGACAAUUGUCCAGCACAUCCACAAGUUGAACAGCUCACUAGCGAUGAUAAAAAGAUUACGUKYAUGUUUUUGCCAGCAAACACAACCUCUCUGAUUCAGCCUAUGGAUCAAGGCGUCAUUUACACAGCCAAACGUCUAUAUAAAAAGAAGCUUUUAAAUGAAAUUUUGGAAGUCGAGGAACCAGCUGCAGGAGAAGAAGAUAGAAGARGUUAUAAAACGUUACAGAAUCACAAAAAUUACAAUAUCAGAUCAAUGAUUUAUAAUUCCGCAUCUGCUGUCAAAGAUAUAAAACCUUCAACUUUGAUUAACUCGUGKAAAAAACUUUUAAUAAAUGAAGAGGUUGAACCAGAUACGGCUGAAUUAGAAACAGAAGAUUUUCAUAACAUUUUCCACCAAGGAGGUGAAAAUUCAGCUACAUUGGAAGACAUUGAGCUGURGUUAGAAGCAGAUGAAUAUGAUCUAGGUUAUCAUAUUUUAACAGAGGAGGAGAUUGUUGAAAGUGUGACUGCUACAGAAAACUCUGAAACGGAUGAAUAUGAUCAGGAUGAAGCAGAUGAUAAUGUAAACCCUAAGCCAAAACUUGGUGAAAUAAAAGAUCAUCUAAACAUUGUCAUCAAAUACAUUGAAGAUAAUAACGAUGAAAACAUAUCUGCAUAUUAUGAGCAUCUAAGGCAUCUUCGCGAGUUAAUCGUUAAAGAAAUCACUGUGAAAGGAAGACAACCAAAGAUAGCAGUUUUUUCAAACCAGUGUCAAAUGUGA